GAUGAAUGAUGUAAUCUGAGAAGUAAAGAACAAGUUCCAGUUCUAUGAUUUAUGUUGCCCAAGUCCGAAGCAAAAACCCAAUCUUUGUAACUAUUUUGAUUUUGAUUUGAUGUCAAUGGGGGAUUGCCGGGUUGGGUUCUGAGUUUCGGUCUUAUUCUGAUCAGCGGUCAAGGCCAAUUCUUCGUCCUUUUUGACGGUAUAUAUGGCUUUUCUUUUUCUUUUAAAAAAAAAAAAGUGAUAGAAAAUAAACACGCACACACACACAAGAGAAUUUCGGGAGGGAUAUAAUUUUAACACGAGGGAUGAUGACAAAGGAGUUGAUGACAAUGAACACCAAAAACCUGAAAAUAUUGCUUUCCCUCUUCGUUCUUAACUCCGUCACCCUUUACCUUUAUUUCUUCUUCUGCCCCGAUCACAUCCUUUACAAACUGACGGAGAGUCGGGUUCCGGCCCAGUCUUCCGGCGCCGUUGAUUCCAAACCAUGGCCGAUUCUGCAGUCCUACAUGCCUUGGUCGGACAACAAAAACGCACCUUUAGGGUCUUGCGAGGCUUAUUUCGGUAAUGGGUUUACUACCCGAGUCGAUGCACUCAAUGUGUCGUCAUCGGGUUCUCAUCGGAAAUUUAACUCCGCCCGACGACGACGAGGAGGGUGGUUCAGGUGCUUUUACAGUGGUACUUUACAGAGUUCUGUGUGUGAAGGAGGAAGAAUCCGGAUGAAUGUGGAUAGGAUUAAUAUGUCUGGAGGUGGGGAGGAGUUGGCGGCGGUCAUCGGAAGACGAGAGGAGGAGGAAUUGCCGGAAUUCGAGGACGGAGCUUUUGAGAUUGAGGUUUUGGAGACGUCCAGAACUGGGGAGAAGCUCGUGGAUGAUGUUUUCUUAGAGAAUUAUGUUCCUGAUGGGGCCAUUGAUAGGCAUACCAUGCGUGCAUUGAUCGAUUCCAUCCGUUUAGUUGGUUCUAAUGAGUUUGAAUGUUCUGAGUGGGUUGAGGAGCCAACGCUGCUGGUUACGCGCUUCGAGUAUGCAAACAUUUUUCAUACUGUUACAGAUUGGUAUAGUGCAUAUGUGGCUUCUAGAGUUACUGGAUUGCCUCGUCGGCCUCAUUUAGUUUUCUUGGAUGGCCACUGCGAAACACCCUUGGAAGAGACAUGGAAAGCUCUGUUUUCUAGCCUAAGAUAUGCUAAAAGCUUUACUGGACAUGUCUGUUUUCGCCAUGCUAUACUCGCACCUUUGGGAUACGAAACACCAUUGUUCAAGGGACUAUCUGAAGACAUAGAUUGUUAUGGUACUUCUGCGAAUGAGUUACGGCAGCACCCUAAUGACAAAACAACUGCUCGGUUGUCUGAAUUUGGGGAGAUGAUUAGGGCAGCAUUUGGUUUUCCAGUGAAUAAUCAUCUUCCUGAAAAGCCUGCCUCGGAACAUAAUAUCCUAUUUGUUAGACGCGAGGAUUAUCUUGCUCAUCCACGACAUGGUGGUAAGGUACAAUCAAGGCUUAACAAUGAACAGGAAGUGUUUGAUUCUAUCCAGAAGUGGGCAUCAAACUAUUGGAAAUGUAAAUUGAACAUAGUGAAUGGAUUAUUGGCUCAUAUGUCGAUGAAAGAGCAAAUCCGAGCGAUUCAAGAUGCUUCAGUUAUUUCAGGUGCUCAUGGGGCAGGUCUAACUCACACAAUUGCCGCCACUCCAGAAGCUGUUGUGUUUGAAAUCGUUAGUAGCGAAUUCAGGCGUCCGCAUUUUGCGUUGAUCGCCAAAUGGAAAGGGUUGGAGUACCAUGCCCUUUACUUGGAAGGUGCAGAUGCAGACCCUCAAAAGGUGAUUGAUGAACUCAGCAUCAUCCUAAGAAAUCUUGGAUGUUAACUUAGUUUUUUAACCAUUUAGAAGAAGAAAAAUACCCUGAAAACCUGCAAGUCAUCUGAUAUGGAUCUUAGUGUGACCAAAAUAGCUAAUUGUUUCAAGAACAAGGAUUGAUUGAGUACAAAUGAUCAUCAGCUUAGGAGGAAACCUGGUUGGAUUCCAUGGAAUUUAUCCUUUUAGUAGAGCAGCAAGAAGCCCAUAACUGACCCUUUGGAAAUUGAGGAUCCCUUGUAUAAAACCACCUUUUUAUAACUGAAGGCUGGCAUUGAACAUGUGGUAGAAAUUUUUUGUCCACUCCAAGAAAAGGGGAAAAACUGGUGUUCUAACAUAUUGAGAAAAUAUAUUAGCAUAGAGAGACUUAAUUUUUGGUUUCUUACUUUGAAAAAUGUCAAAAGAAUGCUUCUAGAAGUAAGAUAAUAGAAUCAAAAGGUUCAACGAUGGCAAUUUAAACAG